GAGAUCACGUGACGCGGCACCCACUUCCUCAGUGUAAAUAUUGGUGGUCACAGGCCAGUGUUAUGUUUCUCUUCAUCUGUGUUUAACUAUCCUUACAACACAAUGUGACGGUUUAACCUUAACACGGAGCUUCAGUGCGACCGCAAGUGGGAAAUUACAACAGUGUCCUAGAAGCUCUGAGGUAACAACAACAACAACACGCUUCUGCUUCUGGCCAUUUGUGUUUGCUGUAAAUCUGUAUUUUUAAUAACGCUGUUCAGCUGUGUUUACGUGUUAAUGCAUCUGUGUUAACUGUGUGCUCCAGGAUUUAUACGCUUUGUGGGAAUGGGUCCCAUCUCCUGUUGGUCUAAAUGGAGAAUAAAGGGAGCGACGAGGUGGAAAAAUUGAAGACAAAGUUCUUGUCAGCGUGGCACAAUGUGAAGUACAGUAAGUUUUUUUGCUCCAGGCUAGUACACACAAACACACACACACAAACACACACCAGUCCUCUGUAUUCACUUAGUGCCUGAUGCUUUUAUGCAGCCUUUUAGUGCUAUGUUGUUUAUCCAAAUUUUCCUAGUCAACAAAGAUUUACUUCUUGCAUAUUUACUUGUAAGACUGAUCAAUAAUACCAGGAAAGAGCAUAAACAAGAACACAUAAUCCUCUGAGACAUCAGCCGUCUGCAGUUGAGUCAGCCCUCAAAAUAGGACUUUGUCAUAUUAUCCACACUGAUAACGCUUUUGUGUGUAAGAUUGUGGUCUUUAAAGCCACUCAGGCUUAAGUUUUUCUUGUGUUUCUGUUAAUGUCUAAAACAAUACAAUGCCUGUUUGUGUCACAGGACCUAAAGCAAAACUGAAAACUGUCAAAAUAUGGAUCAUGAGUAAAGUCAAUGCUGUUAAGUGGUGGGUAAAUAAGAAUGUUUGGAGUUGUCUUUCUUGCCAAAUAGCCUUAAAAUGUUGUCUUUCUGUGUUUUAGGUUGGGCUCUGAAAUUGAAGACCUCAUUCAGUAGGAAUUCUCCAGUGUUUCUUCUUGGGAAAUGUUACCACUUCAAGGUUGAAGGUAAGGUUUAAAUUUUUUAUUUAUUCUUUUCUUACCUAUAGGUUUUAUCAUACAAGCACAUAAAUGCAGUUCAUAAAAGUUACACUAGAAUAGAUGUGGGCAUUUUAAGGCCCGUGGGCCACAUUCAGCCCUUUGGAUGUCCCUGCCCGGCCCUUUGUGAGGUCCAUCAAUCAAAUCAUCAACAUGCUAUACAAGUGUGUUGCUUUUAUUUUAAAACACCUAGCCAUUGUUUUAUUUCUGUUUGGACGCACAUGCGUACAUCCUACAUCUGCAUUCGUGAACAGAGACAAGUUUAAACAUCGGCAAAACAUUCGUAGAUGCCUUAUAGUUGCCAAGUUCGCUUAUUAUAAAAGACUUCAACCUUGUUUCUCUCAGAUGCUUGUAAAAUUUGUGAGUCGCAGGUGCGCUUUUUGUUUUGGGCUUGUUUUUAACUUGUAGUUGCUUAUUUGGGCUUGCUUUUCUGUAUGUGUGAAGUGAUUGUUGGUUCGGCCCUUCAACGCAGUUCAGGUUUCUCAUGUGGCCCCAUGUAAAAAUUAAUUGCCCACCCUUGCACUAGAGUGAUCAGAUGUAAUAUUUUUUGUACACACAGCUGUACAUUUACCAAUAUUCUGCAUAAGGUCUAAAGAUCAACUCAUAUUAUGCAGUAGGUGUGGAAAAAGUGACGGCUUGCCUCCCUCAAAUCUUUCCAGACUUAAAAAACAACCAAAUCUCACAACGUCUGGAAAAUGAGGGUUGUAAUUUAAAUCCUUCAAAGUUAGAAUUGAGUAUAAGUAGAUGGAAAUAUUGCACACAGUUAUCCCAUAGAGUUACAAUGCAGCACUUCUUUGAUCAACAAUAAAGGUACAGUGUGUAGAAACAGGAUUUUCAGUAAUAUCUAGUGAUUAGGUUAUAAAUUGAAGCUUUCCUUUGCUCACCCCUCCCAUCAGUAAAGGGACAGUGCCCUUCCAGGAAACAAGCUCCUGUAAUGUAUAAAAAGUAUAAUCCUCCAAAUUAAGAUGAUUAUACACUAAUCACUUCCAAAGAAAAACAAAACUUACAAAUACAUUAUUCCAUUUCUAAGAAGACUUUUCCACUAAAUUCAGCUUUUACUCAAACUUCACCUUUAACAUUCCCAAAGACUUGACAUUCUGGUGAAAGAGUAUCAGCAAGUCCUGAUCAGAUCAUUUGUUUCCCUCAGAUGAAGAGGGUCUCAUGGACCCCUGCGACGAAACUUCAGAGGAGGACUUUAUCCUGGGGAAUGUGGAGGAUUUCCGCAAAGAUUUUACAUCCAGGAUCUGGCUCACCUACAGGGAGGAGUUCCCUCCUAUGCCCGGCUCCACCCUGACCUCCGACUGCGGCUGGGGCUGCAUGCUGAGAGCUGGCCAGAUGAUGCUGGCUCAGGCUCUGAUGCUGCAUUUCAUGGGCAGAGGUGAGUGGGAUAACGGUACAACACCACACUUGAGUUACAGUAAGGUCAUUUAAUGUGGAAUAACAAGAUAUAAGAACAGUGUAGUGACUAUGCCAAGAGAAAGGCUUCAUUCUUUUUGGUUGUGUUAUUUUCUCUAGAAAUUAAUCUGAGGGGUGAUGAGAUUAUUAAUGGGAUAGCCAUGCCUUAGCUCUGCAACAUUUUUCCACUUAUAAAGAGAUUAAACAAACUGAGUUUGCCCCAUAGAAACUUUAGAGAUUAGUGACUCCAGGAAUACUUAGGUUUAGAUAAAGUCCUGAGUCUUUAUUGUGCAGAGGGUAAUAGUUUUGCAGUACUUGGACUAAGUGGCCACUCCUGGUCACUGCUUUUUUUGUUUAAUAUAGCUUUGAGGAGUUUUUUGACAUGAAUGAAAUCGACUUAAAAUCACAAUGAAAGCCCUUUGAUGAUACCCAAAAGCAAACAAGACCAUCAGCGACAUGAUGGGUUACUUUGAUAUCCUAAUUUUUAAUGCUUGAAACCAGUGGAAAGAGGUGUCGGCCAAACAGCUAAAGAAAGAGCCCUGUGUUGUGAAAUUCUACAUAAAAUAUUCAUUACACGAUACAUUUGACAGUCAAAAAUCAGCAGGAAGAGAUUUCCUUAUCUCGUGAGAAAAACAGGAGAGGGCAUGUGAUAAAAUAGAGCCAUGCAGCAGCAGACAUGUUUGUCUUUUCCUUAUGAUGCUUUAGACCAGGCGCUCCUACACCUUUAGACCAGUGAAUCCCAAAGUAAUAGUGUUAGAGAGUGGUGACCGUACUGUAGGGACCUCUGCUUGAGAUUACAGUAAAAACACAAACAACAACAAUCUUUUUAGACCUUGGAAAGUAUUUCUGAGGAAACCCAGCCAUAGUGGAGGAUUUUCUUGCAGAUUUGUCAUGUUCCAAGGCUUUUGAAAUAGCAGUACGUUAAUAAUAAUAGGUUCUUAUUGGCACGUGUAGAAGUGCCUAAAAAUGGAAGCUGCUGAUGUGGCAUAUUUUGAAAAGUACUGCUUACACUCUGCAGCUUUAGAUGUUCAGUUUGAAGGGUGAUAUAAGAAAAACAUUGAGCAUAACUAAAGGGAAAUAAUGUUUAGUAAUGAUGCCAAAAAUGGAGGUAGCAUUAAGUGUGAUGGGUUCAAGUUGUCAUCAAGUUACAAGUCCUCUGAGUCUGUGUUCUCUUUCAGUUCAGUGUCUAUAUCACAAGCUGGCAGGCAGAGUUAUGGCCAGGAAUGAGAUUUUUCACUUUUUCAGCCUUUUGAAAGUUAAAGUAGUUGAUUAAAACCAUUUAAUAAAAUGAGUGAAUUCCUCAUUAAUUGGUCAGCUCUAUUGUCUGUGAAGUGCUCUGGUUUUUAUGGGUCCACAUAAUGAGGAGACUGCCAGUUUAAUGCAGUCAUUUAGAAAACAAUAUUUAAAACUUGUUCUUCUGUCAAAUCUAAAAUAUGUCACUGAUGAAAUAUUUCUAGAUAAAAUGACGAAUGGCCACUUAAGAAUAUUUAUUGAUCAAUUUCAGUCUGAUUCUCUUUAGAUCAAGGUCAUUUUGUUAAUGCCUUACACUCUAAUCUCGCUCAUUUUAUAGCUGGGGUAACUCCCUCUCUCUCCGCCUUCAGCUCCCACCCUGUUUGUAAGGUUAGAGACAGUUAAAGUGAAAUACUGGGACACUCAAACUUAUAAUUGAACAAAAAGACACCUUUUCUGUUAAUGAAUAGCACAAGGUUCCGUCUGUUUAAGGUGAAAAAAAAAAACUUUAAUAUAACGAGUUUUGAAAGACGUCUGUUCUCAGGGCUCAACCUCUAGAAGGAACUUGAUGCCCUGAAGGCUCAAAAUAAAAAAGUAUACGUUUGAAUAAAUAAGAGGGUUACGUUUUCAUGAGUGCAGGUCUUUGUGCGUUUGCCGUGACCAUAGGGCUGAGCUGAGCAAGCUGCUGUUUUUCAAAAAACCCUGAUGUAAAAUCUUACUUUUAGACUCUGACCACAGCUGAUGAAUCGUGUGUUUAUUUCCUCAGACUGGACCUGGUCUGAGGCACUGACCCUCCAGCCUUUAGACACAAAAACCCGAACUACCACAGCAGCCAAGCGUUUGGUGGCCUCUCUGGAGACAUCUCUGCAAGGUUCCCACAACUCUUUGGACCAGAGACCAAAAUCUGUGCACCAAGCCCAGGCUCAAGGAUCUGCGGAGGAGGCAGAUGAGCAUUUAAAAGAGAUGUAUCAUCGCACUCUGGUAUCCUGGUUUGGAGACAGUCCCUCUGCUCAGCUAGGUCUUCACAGGCUGGUCCGCCUGGGUCUGUCCAUGGGGAAACAGGCUGGGGACUGGUAUGGUCCUGCUGUGGUGGCACACAUCCUCAAGUAAGUCCUUAAGUAACUACCUGAAAGAGUAAUUCUACUUUACGACAUUUCCUUUACAAACUACAUGUUGGAUUUGAAAAGAGGCAAGAAAAUAUAAAGGGCUCUAUUUUCGUGCCCGCUAGCGGUGCAGCGGAGGGUGGCGCCCCGCGCAGUGGUAUUUUUGUCUGGCGCAAAGCCAGUUUGGUAUUUUUGCAGACUGAGGCGCUGUGAUUGUCUUUAUUUGUGGAAAAAUGGUGUUUGUCUUACCAGCGGGUACAACCUUACACACACCAAAUCCCUCUGUGCUUAUUUGAGAGUGUGGAGUACGCCCUCCGCAGCGCUUACAGCGACACUUGAUAAAGGGGGGUGUCUUCUGUCGCCAUCGUGUGGCAUUGCUGUCUUCAUCCAUCUCUUGAUCUCUUCGACUACUGCACGAAAAUUGUAAUACGCCUUGCCGGUGGUGGAUGUAAAGAUAAGCAGAAGAGCUGAUGUGAUUGGUGAAAACAGGUCUCGGCCGUGUUAAACCCACUCCACACCUUCUCUCCUCCCUCUCUACGACUCACGCCGCUGGGAGGAGCCAAGUUAGGGAGGGGGGAUACUUACGCCUGAUUGCGCCGCUCACCAAAACACCAAAGUGUGCUUGGGCAUGCCUUAUCAGCACUGCGGACCUGACUUUCGCCGUGCCUGCACCACGCAAAUAGAGCCCAAAUUCUUAAGAAGCUGUGACCAACCACUGUCUGAUGACUGUCUAGUUAAUUAUCUAAAUCACUUAUCAGACAGUUAAAUGAUCUUGUUUAUAUAAAUAUAACGUUAUUAAUAUUAAAUUUCCCUUCGGGGGUUAAUAAAGUUCUUCUUAUUCUUAUUUUAACCUAACUUCUCCAAAAAGUGAUCAGCAUAAUCGAACUAACUACUUUGACAGAAGGCAUGUUUGAGAAAAAACAUUAUUAUAAUUUUUAUAGUGAAACCAUUUUAACCCUUGAAAUAUUUUGGCUUCACUCCUGGGGACCUAUCAAGCCAUCUAUGUUCAAACACUUAAGGAUGUGAACUUUUAAAACGGCCACCUAUCUCUGGUUAUUUUCUCUCUUUCUCCUCUGUCCCUCCCUUAGGAAAGCUGUUGAAGAAGCGAUGGACCCAGGCUUGGCGGGUAUAACUGCUUAUGUCUCCCAGGACUGUACAGGUAUGAAAGAUGAGCCUGCAGUUGAUGGAACAGGAUACUGGGCACGGCGCCCAAACUGACCCUUCUUUUUCCACCUUCUUUUUGCUGCUGUGAGACUCUGCAGCUGACAAGGGUCUCACCGUGUCUAUUCACCAACAAACCCAUCUGCUAUAAAAACCAAUAACGUCCCACUCCAAACUUUUCCCAGACCCAAUAACGUGGUUUUUGAGACACGUUUGUCUUCUCUAUUGCCAGAGAAUAGAACAGCCAGCAGGAACCAAAUGUUUUGGUGUUUUGUUUUUAACAAAGAUGGAACCAACUCUAUCCACUGCACUUAAGAGGAUGUGAUUAUUUUUUAUGGCUGUCAUAUGAUUGAUUUUUUAACAGCGGUUAAUCAUCUCAUUUUAACUACAUGUUUAAAAUUCUGUGAUUUUGCAUAAAGAAGCAAAUUUAAAGUAUUGUGCACAAUUUGGUUACAGUGGGAAAUGUGUUUUUUGUUCAAUUUCAAGAAAAAAUGUGAGAUUUUCUAAACUGAAAUGACACUGAGGAUGUAUACAAAACCCUCUCUGGCAAAUGGAUCAAGUACGUUUUAAUAAAGUUUAAAUGAUAAAGAAAAAAUCGAACAAAUUUAUUAUUUAUGAAAUUAAAAAAACAUAGUUGAGAGCCACUUUUAAAAAUAACUACACAGAUAUAGAGGAUACAGAGGCUGCCAAAAAUGCCCAAAUAACUGAUGUAACUGAUCAGUAAGUAACUGAUGCCCAAAUAAACAGGUCAGACACAGAGACAGACAGACAGACGACCCAUAUCUGACCUCUGAAUUAUCGAUCCUCUACAGUGUACAGUGCUGAUGUCAUGGAUAGCCACAGGGAACCCAAAGACAGACAGGCCUCCGAUUCUCCACAAAACAACCAACCAGCGCCUCCAUCCAGCCGAGCCGUCAUCAUCCUCGUCCCCGUUCGGCUGGGCGGGGAGAAGACAAACCCAGACUAUUUUAACUUCACAAAGGUGGGGCAUGCAUGUUGUUCUGGUGGCUUCUGAUUUGACUCUGGUAUUUUAUUACAGAAUUAAUACAAACACUCAAGAGUGAUUAUUAUACUAGAAAUAUGAGGAAAAAAUCUGUUUUGAACAUGGGGAGGGAAACUAAAGCAGCUUUUGUAUAUUUGUGUUUUUAGAGCAUACUGAGUCUGGAGUACUGCAUUGGCAUCAUCGGAGGGAAGCCUAAACAGGCCUGCUACUUUGUGGGAUUUCAAGGUUAGUGUUAGCCUAAUGCAGAACAGAGGAAGACACAGAGAGAGGUUGGUGUGACUAAGAUUAUUUUGCAUAAUGUACCCUUCUUAUGAGGAGAGACAAAGUAAGUUAAUGUAUUCCUGUUUGCGUGAGGAAAACGGAGAGGAGUGGAGAUGGAAGCAAGUGAAGCAGGGCUUACUUUAUUCUCUCUGACCCAUCAAAGCCUCGCCCAUUUAUCACAAGUAAACCUCCCAAGUUGUGAGCAGUAAUUGAUUUCCAUAGGAGGCAUGCAUUAAAUUUCAUUCUGGCCCCAAAGUGAGCCACUCUUCAUCACCUUCAGGAGCCAGGAGGAACCUUCAGUUGUACAUCUUGGCAGUCAAUAUUUACGCAUUUACAUUUUACCAAUUUGAAAUACAGUGGUGAAUGAUGUCUAAAUGACAAGCAAUACAUUCUCCCUGCCAGGGCGCAGCUCCGCUCUGCAUUUAUCAUAUGCAAAUGCUCCAAUAUAAUUGCGUGUUUGUAAAAGUAAUUCCCGCACACAAAAAUUAAAUGACAGCCUCUUUUUUGUGUGUAAAGAAUGUUCUUGUACAAAUGCAUCUGAUUAUGCAGAAUUUAAUCCACUCCGGUGGAUAUUAAAAAGCAACAACCUUCUGGGAGGCAUAUUUGACGCACACAAGCCCAACAAUAGGCAGAGCGGGUGACUUUGAGCUACUCUGCAUAGAAAUUGGAGAUAAGCGCGUUUUUGUAAUAAUCCGAUGUUUUUGAAUAACUUGUCUUUUGUUUUGUCCUUGCAGAUGACAGCUUGAUUUACAUGGACCCUCAUUACUGUCAGUCUUUUGUGGAUGUCAGCACCAGCGAUUUCCCUCUCCAGGUAAUGUGAAAUUACACAGACGAGCUGACUGGGGCUCCUGUAAUGUGAAUUUAAUAGUUUCUGUUAGUACUUAAAGGUAUGAAUCUUAUAGUGGCCCUCAGCCCAAUUACACAGUCUCUAUCUGCUGAUUUAUUUGCUGCUCAGAUGUGUGGAGCUGCCACUUCAGAGAAAUACGGCAAAUACUGGAUCAGAUACUGUGAGCGUGAAUAUUUCAGGACCCAUACAUAAAAAAUCGCACAGAGCGCUGUGUAGCAACUUUGUUUUAUGCUUUUGCAUGCAGUGGUAUACAAUGUGACAACACACUGCAGGUGUAAAUUUAUGCUGUGACAGCAGAUGAAUAGGAUUUCCUAUCUCAAAUGAUACAAAAUACAUCUUAGUUGCUGUUGACACUGCCAUGGAGUAUAUGUAUGUCCUGCAGUUGUUGCUCAUCAUGUGACCUGUCAAUUUGAUGAAUAUUUCCUAAUUUGCUUUGUCUUUUUUUUUCCUGUAGUCAUAUCACUGCCCCUCUCCGAAGAAGAUGCCUUUCCACAAGAUGGACCCAAGUUGCACCAUCGGUUUCUACUCAAGAAGUGCUCAGGACUUUGAAAAAAUCAGACAAGAGCUGUCUAAAGUAAGAGAACGAGGACUCCUACUAAACACUUUCUUAAAAACUUUAAUAAUGCUGCCAGUAUUUCAGUUAGUUUUAAUAUGAAGCAUCUGAAUUCAGUUUGAGCACUGAAAUGUGUAGGUAACAUGAUAAAAUUCACCACUAGGUGGCAGCAUUUAGCCAUGAAUCUGAAAUCAUACUUUGCAUCUCAGACCAGUCAACAUGCUGGAGAGACGUUAUGAACCAUGAUGGGUACUACCUAUCAUGCUACUGCUAAAUAGACCCCUUAGAAAUGAUAUAAAAAUAGAUAUGUGUGAGAAUUCAUCAAAUUUGAGUCACUUAAAGUAAGGUCUGUUUGCAAGAUAGACCAAAAUUAAAAUGAGUUAUUUAAAUACCCCUCAUUUCAUCAAAUCAUGAAAUUCAAUGCAAACAGUUUUAAAACAUAAAGUAAUGGUGUAACAAAAGCUCUUCUGUGAAACACUCCUCUGUUGUUGAUCCAGGUGCUGCAGCCGUCAGCGAAGGAGAAAUACCCCGCGUUCACUUUCGUGCAAGGUCACGGCAGAGAUUACGACCUGUCGGCUGGCCUGACCCCGGAGAAGAGAGAGUGGCCCUUCAUCCGUGACCCGCGGAGGACGGUGACCACUGCCGGAGACUUUGUGCUGCUUUGACAGCGCUGUUCAGAACUACUACUGACAGGGAACUUCUUAUAAUGAAUCAAACUGCUUCAUAUCCAAAACCUUGAGACUGAGCCUGUUGUGACACUGAAGGUUAAGGAACUUUUUUUAAACACCCUGGAAACUUUUCAGACUUUUAUUUGUUACCUUGUAAUAUGAGUUUCCAGAGCAUUUUCACAGGAAACUUUGGGACACUUUAUUGUGCGUUUUUUUUCCUGUGUAAUUCAACAACUUUUUUUAACCUCUUAAGAAAUGAGGAACGUCAAGAUAAAUCCUCAUCAUUAUCUGUUAUUUUUAUGGACUUGCACCUUAGAUAAUGUAGCAUUUUUAAACAUGAUGAGCAUUUGCAUGACUGUCAGUGCCAUUCAACAGUAGAAGUGAAGACAUUAAUAAAUGUAGCCCUGCCAACAGAGCCACACCUACAGUAUUUAGACUGUGUGCAGGUUAGGGUUUGACUAAAGCAGUACUGUAAAAGCAUGAAUCAUUAAGCUUUAAGGUCUACCUGAAGUGUAUUUUCAGUAACUCCUCCAAACGUCUCAGCCAAAACAACAGAAGCACAUGAGACACAUGCUUUGAAGCAAACUUUGUUUAUAAUGUUGCCAAAAUUCAUUUCUACUUACACUUGAACUCCUUUUCUUUCUCUAUGCAAUAAUCGAUGACACUUUAGCCUGAUAAUAUGUCUGUUUGCUUGCUGUAGUGUGUAUUUUGAGUUGAAUGAAGUUUGACUGAGUUGUGUGACGCAGGAUGAAACCUGGUGCUAUAAUUUCACUCAGCAUUAUCUCUGAAGAACAAUAAAAAAACACUUUGAGAUUCAGGGAAUAGAAAGGUACUGUCAAGUUGAUUUUUUUAAACAGUAGAAAUCAGUAACUAAUGACGUAUUAACCCUCUACAGCAAUAUUUAUUUUGUAAUGUGCUAUAUGAAAUUAACAGUUUGUUUUCUUUUAAUUUCCUGCAGGAUUAUUCAUUAACAUAAAAAAAUGUAAAAUUAUUUUUAACACCGAAAGACAAAAAGUUGAAUAAAGUCAAAAUGUUUGACUUUGUUAA